CACAAAGAUACAAGCAAGAGAAGUUCAGCAGAUCAGGGGCCUCAGAUAUCAGUCUGUAUUGGGUCCCUGGCAGCAUGUCGGACCCCGCAGUCACCGCCUAUCUCACCAAGCUGCUUUGUUCACACAACGGUCGACUAGAGAUAAAUCAUUUGGCCAAUCUACUGGAUCUCUCAGCAAAGCAGAUUGAGCAAAUCCUGCAAGAAGAGCUGCUCAGAUUUCCACAGAGUUCCCGGUUUGUACUGGCCCGGAGCCCCCUGAGGAUUUGCACCAACUACCUGCACCUGAAGGGCGAGGAAGAGGAGGAGGAAAAAUGCCGUAAACUGCACCUUUGCCGUGACUACCUGAGGGGCCAGUGUUUCCAAAACCGGAGGCCACGCUGCAGAUUCUCUCACAAUGUCUUCUCUGACCACAACUAUGCUGUGCUAAAAGCCAAUGAGCUGAGCGGACUGAAUGAGGAGGAGAUCAAAGUUUUACUUUUGCAGAAUGACAACCAGCUGCUGCCAGCGGCCUGUCGGAAAUACAUGUACAAAAACUGUGACAAAGAGGAGGACUGCACACGCCUCCAUGUGUGCAUUUAUUUCUUGCAAGGGGAAUGCAACAACCGCUCAUGUAAAAGUUCACACAACCUCCUGGAAUCCAACUUACUGCUCACUUGCAGCUGGCUGAGCCAGGAGACCAUCGAGAACUUUCAGAUGCUCUGUGUGCUGACACACAAUGAGAGGCGACAGGCGCUGAGGGAGGAGCCUAGAAAUGAGGAGCCCAGGGGUAGGAGAGGAAUAUCACAGGGCAUAGGGAAAGGAAGGCCAGGAAAAAGAAGAGCUGGAUCUCGGUAUAGGAGCAGUGAGAGAAGGAAUAAAGCUGAAGGGCCUCACGUCCAUCAGCAAUCUGACAGCAGCCUACGAUCCCGAUCUAGUGCGGGCCAACGUUUGGGAGAUACAAAUUACAACUGUGAUGAUGAGAGGGUUCAUAGUCGCCAUAUUUCCACAACAAGGCUUGAAAGUCUCAUGGAUGAAUGGUUCAGUCCAAACAUAUCACCGCUAGAAAAUGUACAAGGCAAAAGUUCAAGAACAUCUGCAGGGGUGACACCACAAGAAGGAACAAGAUCUGUACCAUCUACUAAAGACCUGUUCGUGUGGUCUAACGUAACCAAGCCGGAACUGCUUUGUACUCCAGCUCUGCCAGUAGAAUUCUAUAAUUCUAGAGUUGCCCAAGCAUUCCCAGCACUACUUAGUACACCCUGCCAACCAACAUUCACAACCUUGAAGAGUGGCCCAAGUGUUACUUCAAGCACAUCCUUCAGUCCUUCAAAAGGAGGUGCAUCUACUCAAGUAAAACAACCUACUGGAUCUGCUAGUCUUUCAACAGUUUCAUCAAUACCUUCAUUACCAUCCAAAACAUUGGUGACCUCUUCUAGGGAGAGUUCAUUUAUUGCUGAGCCAAGCCUUUUUCGAUCUAGAAUUUCAGAAAAAGCAUCCUCGGUAUCUGGAAAAUCAGUAAAAUCUACAAGAAGUCCAUCUACUGCUAACCAAGUGCCAGUUAAGGACUUGGGUGAGAAGUUGUGUUCUCCAGUGGCAGAGCCAGUUAAUGUUAAACCAAUACCUUCAUUAAAGACAGCAAUAUCAUUGUGUUCUUCUGAGAGCCCAUCCAUUGCUCAACCAAAACCAGCUACCUCUGCAGCACUUGCUGACAAUAAUUUGAAUGAGUUAGGUACAUGGACCAAUUAUCAGCACCUGAACACAAAGAAAGCAUGUGCCUCCAUUCUAUCAUCAGAACUGGAGACUAUCAACAUCUCCAAUCCCACAAGGACCAACCAGUUCACUGCCGGAAACCAGAAAGACAAUCCUAACUGCCAAAAGAUGAAGCAGGUUAAUAUGCAUCACCUGCCAGAGAGUGAGAUGCACCAAAAAGUAGAGUUCUUGGACUUUGACAGGGUGAAAAUGUUGAAAGGAAGCAUAAAAUCUGAUACAAGCCAUUCAAAGCAGAAGCCAGGGGACUCCCCCAGGAAGAUGGUAAUUUAUCCGCCAACGUGGGAUUUGAAGGCCAUGCCUGAGACAGGGUAUCAGAACAUUCCUGUACCGCAGACGUGUGAUGAAUUUUCAACCGUUGCCAAAAUGUUCAGCAAGACAGUCCAGGGAUACAAGGUGCGGAAAGUCUGGCGGAUUCAGAACCCCACCCUCUGGCAGGCCUAUCAGAGGCAAAAGGAUCAGAUGAAGAAGAAGAAUGUUGGCAUUGAUGUGAAUGAACAGCAGCUAUUCCACGGCACGGACAAUGUCACCACCAUCUGCAAGAACAACUUUGAUUGGCAUUCCCACGGCCCUAAUGGUAUCUUGUGUGGACAAGGAAAUUACUUUGCCGGAGAUGCAUCGUACGCCCACAAUUACUCUCCUACCAAUUCUGCUGGGACACGGACCAUGUUUGUGGCUCGGGUACUGGUCGGCGACUUCAUCCAAGGAGAUCUCACAAUGAAAAGUCCACCUCAAAAAAGGAGGAGCAAUGAGUGUUAUGACUCCUACGUGAACAGUGUCACCAGUCCAUCCCUCUUCAUGGUGUUUGAGAAAUCUCAGGUCUAUCCAGAGUACAUCCUGGAGUAUAAGAAGAAGGAGAAGUCAGCCUGUGUGAUUAACUGAGAGGGACCAGUCUUUAUGUAAACAUUAUACACUUUACAGAAAAACAGUGUACAGAAUAAAUCAGGGGUCUUCAAACGAUGGUCCUCCAGUUGUUCAGGAACUACAAUUCCCAUCAUGCCUAGUCAAAUCUGUGA